AUGGCUCCAAUAGCCUUUUCCAUUUUAUCCCCGCGUUCGUUUCCAAACAAAGUCGCAAAUUCUACAUCCCCAAUUAUAAACCUUGUUACCCAAUCUUCUGCCGCAUUCUCUGCCUACACCCCUUCUCCUACCGCAUUUGCCGCUUCCUCAACACUGUCUCUAGAAUCUCCAAUCCCGACUGCGCUCCCCGAUGUAUUGCGUGAAAAUUUCUCCACUAUCAUAGUUGAUGCUCCCACCACUACUUACACGUCCUACAUCGGAAUCAACGAUAACGCAUUUGCUUCUGAACCCGCUUCCCUUCCUGAUUCGACUCCCAUCGGUGAUUCAUAUACAGUGGAGACGCAGGCACCUCAGCCCAACAAUAGCGGUAGAGAUAUCGGAAUAGUUAUUGGGUGUAUCAUUGGGGUAUUGAUUCUAGGACUGAUAGGUUGGGUUUACAUGAUGAAGGCGAAAAGCAGUCAAAGGAAGAGGAGAAAGGGGAAGGGAAAGGAGAAGGAGAUUGUGAAGGAAACGGUGAAGGUUAAAGUAAAGGUAAACAAGAGGAAGCACAGGAAACAUAAGAAGCAUAGGAGAACGGAAGUGGAAACAGUAGGGGGCUCCGGGGGUGAAGCACCGGCUGCUGGAGGUGCUUAG